UGAAGCUUCAUUCUCGAAAAAGCGGUCUAGAAACAUGUCGACAACUACUUCGACAACGCUUCCGCUGUACUGGGAUCUCGCCUCGUUCGAUCCACAAAAGAGAACCACUGCGGCUCAAACUUUGAUUUCAACCUUGGCCAACUUCCAAGCUGAAUUCGAGGAGAAUGGCGUAAGCGCCGACUCUACUGAAGAUACACUCGAUGCCACUUGUGCUCCCGACGUUUCUUACGCCCUCAAGCGUUUAAUUAGAGGUCUUCCAAGUUCUCGAGAAGCUGCUCGACAAGGCUAUUCACUUGCUUUGACCGAGUUGCUUGGUUUGUUGAAAGAUAUAUCAACAAAGCAGACCUUGGAUUUGUUGCAUCAGUACACAGAGAGAACAGGUGCAAUGACUGGUGAAGAAGGUCGAGAUAUGUUGUUUGGCAGAAUCUUUGGUCUUCGAUCUAUCAUUAGUUCCGGUAUCCUAAGCCGUCCAGCUACAAUGCUCAAAGACUUUGAACAGAUCUACGAUGAUUUGUUUGAAAUUUCCCAAGCAAAGCCUUACCUUUCUGAGGUUUGUUAUCAUGUUGCCGCCUCAACCCUCCCCAUCAUCUGCACAUUGGAUUUCAAGGAGGAAGCAUUGGAAGCACUUACUUCCAAGUUUUUGGAGGAUGGAAUCAAUACACCUGAUCAAUUGCAGCUUGUGUUGGCCAUUCAAUCGGCUGCACCGGAUUUCGACUUGAAGAAGAAGUUCGCCACUUGGAAGAAUGCUGAUGCUCUGUCCGUUGCAAAUUUACCAAAACUUGCUCGUAUCUUGAAGGAAACUCCUUCCGAGGAUGAAGAAGUUAAGAGCAACGGCAGUAACUGGCAUCCUCAGCUUCACUCCGUUUGGGAUAUCUUGCUUGAACAAAUUGCCAGUGGUAAGGCCACUAAAGGUAGCAAAGCAUCAUUUCAAGAAUUCUGGAAGGUCACUGUUGAUGAGAGUUUGUUUGAGGCCAACACCUCGCACGAGCGAAAAUACUGGGGUUUCCAACUUGUUGAAAAGGCUAUGAGCCAGGUUCCUACUGAUCAAAUCGUGUUUGUUUUUACCGACAACUUCAUGCGCACGUUUAUCAACAACAUGUCCUCUGAAGACCGAUUCUUGAGCAAGGCUGCUAGACACACCAUGCAAGAAAUCGAACAGCUCUGCACCAAGGACAGCAACAUUGGUUUCGGUCUUAUUGCCCAAUUGGUUGGAAAGUACGGCAACCAAAAGUUUGACAAGGCAGUCAGAACCAAGAUGAUCGAUAGUCUGUUGACUAACAUGGAUAUCACUGGUAUCAAGUCAUAUAUCACCUUUUUAACAAAGUGCUUCUUGGCUCCCGAAGAAAGCGCCGACGAUCCUGUCCGUGCCGAAGGUCAACGUAGCUGGGUUGCUGACCAAAUGGUUGGACUUAUCCGAAACACCAAAGUCCCCAAAGACGAGGAGUGGAUUUCUCAAGUACUCGAGUUCUUGUUUGUUCAUGCUUUCUUUGAUGUAGUUAAGGACGGCAGUAAGGUUUCAAAGGCCAACAAUGCCCCCACCCCAGCUCUCUCCCCUGCUACCAGAACAGUGUGCCGCGAUCGAUUCUUCGCUAUUUUAGGCGAGGUAUCCACCAUGCCACCUGUUGCCAAAGUUGCUGAGCUCGGUGGCUCUGUCCUCAAAACCCGCAAAUUGAACGGCACCAUGAACAAUGGAGAGUUCUGGGCAGAUCAUGCUGUGCAGCGAUACAGAGCUUUAGAAAAGGACACCAAACACUACAAAAACAUCGCAGAGUUUGAUGAAGAAUCCUCUCAAGCAAAGAAGGACGCAUUCAAAACCAUCGAAAAGAUCAAAGCUGAUAUUGCCAAGUCUACCGCUGAUCAAUUCAACUCUCAACUCCGUGCUUUCGAACUAUUGUUCUUGCACUUGGUUCUUCAACAGCUCACUGAUCCCCAAGAGAGCAACGAUGUUCUUGGUGAAUUGCAGAGCUGUUACCAAAAGGUUUUCCAUGCUCCAAAGGCUACUAAGAAGACCAAGGCUAAGGCAGAGGAAGAAGAUGAACCUCAACCCGUUGAGGUUGUUAUUGAUAUCCUUCUCAGCUUCUUGUCCAAGUCCUCUGCCUUGUUGAGAAACUUGGCUGAACAGGUCUUUGAAAUCUUCUCUGACAAGCUCACCAAGAAGGCUCUCCAUCUUAUGCUUGAGAUUCUCGAAACAAAGGAAAGUCAAGCUGGUGAAGAGGAACUUUUUGAAGUGCGUGAUGAUGACAUGGACACUGACGACGACGAAGAUGAUGAUGUUGAAGUGAUUGACAUGGAAAGCACUGCAAAUGAGGAGGAAGAUUCAGGAGACGAUGAAGAAGAAGAAGAGGAAGACGACGAAGGUGAUGAUGACGUUGAGAUUGACGAGGAUGAUGAUGAGGAAGUAGACGAAGAGCUCAGAAUCAAAAUCCAAGAGGCUAUGAAGUCCCAAGGUAUUCUUGCUGGUUCUGACGAUGAAGAUGAGGAUAUGGACGAUCUGGAUGAUGAUCAGAUGGAGGCUUUUGAUGAGAAGUUGGCUGAAAUCUUCCGCCAAAAGAAGGUGGAGAAGAACGAUCGUAAGAACUCGAAGCAACAUGUUGUUCACUUUAAGAACAAGGUUUUGGAACUCUUGAGCAUCUUCGUUCGCAAGAACCCAACCAAUCCUCUUAUAUUCGAAAUGAUCUUGCCCUUGUUGAAUGUCAUUCGUACUACUUCCACUUCAUCAUCCACAAAGCACUUUGUGGACAAGACCAUUGCAUUGCUCAACAAGCGCUUGUCAAAGAAUAAGGAGUAUCCUAAGCAAUUUGAUAUUGAGCGUGCUGCUCAAGUUCUUAAAGGUGUACAAGAAUUUGCAAGAACCUCAGCUCAAAAGCAGAUGCUCGAAAUUUGUGGUUCACUCUCUUUGUACAUAUCCAAGGCAAUGUUGAGUGUUGAAGAGGCAAAGCUCGGUGCUGCAAAGGAACAAGUCCUGACCAUAUACUCUGAUUCACUGACGGAUUACAUGACCAAGAAAUCCAGCCAUAUGCAACCCAAGUUUUUCAUUGACUUCCUCAACCGAUUCCCACAACAUUCGUGGCCAUUGUUCAACAAACUAUUGGCAUACACUGACCCCAAGGAGACUGUCAAGAGCUACCGUCAAAGUCAAGCCUACCAGAUUAUGUCCGUUCUGAUACAGCGAACAGUCAGCCUAAAGACCGAUGAAUGCAACCAAGAGUUCCUCAACUCCAUCCCAGCUAUCUCCGAUAGUUUGAUCAAGACUUUCGAAUACGCUCUUGACGAUAAACCUGAGCCUGCUGCUAAGCAAGUGAAUAUUCAACGAAUCAAGGAAGUGCUCAAAUUUGCAGUCACUGCCAUUCGGUUAACCAAGAACAUUGAGAAAGACACAAAGGAGGUACGUAUUACCGCUGUGGUUUGUCGAUGUCUUGCAAAAUAGUUAACAAUUUAAAAUUUUAGAUUUCAAAGCGAUGGAACAGCGAAAAACUUGGUCCCCUUGUUGAAUCGGUCGCAACUAGCACCAAGUACUCUGAAUCACCUGCUGUUCGUUCCACCUGCAGCCAAAUACUCAGUUUGCUUGAUACUGGUAUUACUCUUCCACCUAAGGUCAAGGCAGAGGGCAAAGUCAAGGCUAAGGCUACUGCUGCCAAUGGCAAGAGAAAGAACAAUGCGGCUCAGAAACCAGCC